UCUGUCAAGAAAACAUAACCUUUUAAAACACGUGUUUUGAUUGUGAGGGUUUCGAGUUAUGACAGUUUAUUAUUUUUAUUAUUAAAAAUUAUUAAACUGUUUUAAAAGGGAAAUAGUUUAAAAAUAACAUUAAAAUGUCUCGUCGACCUGAACAUUCGGCCCCUCCGGAAGUGUUCUACAAUGAAGAGGAAGCUCGAAAAUACACACAAAAUUCUCGUAUGAUGGACAUUCAAGUUCAAAUGUGUGAAAGAGCUAUUGAACUUCUUCUUUUACCUGAAGACGAGUCUUGUUUUCUUCUUGACAUCGGAUGUGGCUCUGGACUCAGUGGAAGUGUUUUAGAAGAACAAGGACACAUUUGGGUUGGUGUUGAUAUUUCCCCAGCAAUGUUAAAAGUUGCCCAUGAAAGAGAAGUCGAGGGGGAUUUAACAUUAAAUGACAUGGGUCAAGGAAUGCCAUUUAGAGCCGGCAGUUUCGAUGGUGCAGUUAGUAUUUCGGCUUUGCAAUGGUUAUGCAAUGCAGAUAAAACGUCACAUAAUCCUGUCAAGAGAUUAUACAAAUUUUUUUCCACACUUUUCGCCUGUUUAUCGAGAUCGGCAAGAGCAGUUUUCCAAUUUUAUCCAGAGAAUAGUGAUCAAAUUGAAUUGGUCACGACACAAGCUACAAAAGCUGGUUUCUAUGGGGGAGUCGUUGUUGAUUAUCCAAACAGUACAAAAGCAAAGAAAUUUUUCUUGGUCUUAAUGACUGGAGGUGUAACAAAUCUUCCUAAAGGCCUAGGCACAGAAGAAGAUUCCAAUCAAGUUAAUUACAAUUCAAAAAGAGAAAAGAUGAAGAGAGUGAAAGGAAAGCCACUAAAAAAGAGUCGGGACUGGAUUUUGGAGAAGAAAGAACGUCGAAAGCGACAGGGCAGAGAAGUUCGAACAAAUACAAAAUAUACUGGACGUUAUCGUGGUGAUCGUUUCUGAUGAAAAAUACUAAAUAUAUUAUCAACACUAUAUUUUUCACACUGUACAUAGCUCGAAGGAAUAUAAAGUGCCUCUUUAAAAAGAAAAAAAAGGACCAUUUUACUCGUAAUAAAAAAAAAGGAAUCAAAAAUACCUCAGUUCGCGAAUAAUUUAAUUUUAUACUCUAUAAAAUUUAAAUUAGUUUCGUGAAUUGACUUCAAAUCAAGUGCUAUAAAUUAAUAUUCUUCAUCGUAAUAUUUACAUUAUUAGAAAAAAUUUAAAAGGUUUGCACUCUUGGCGUUAUCUUGUCUAAAAAAAAUACUAAUCCAUUUAAUCGGGAAGUAAAAAUUGAAAUAA